AUGGCACCUUCAAGCACUCAAGACCUGUUCGAUGCUGAACAUCCCACCUUCAAAAGCAUCGACAAAACCUCUUCUGCCCAUCAGCACACCGCUCCGGACUUUGAACUCUUCCGCCACCUGGUGCCCCUAGUCUCCAGCGGCAAGACAACACACCUCAACGCAGCCUUCAUGCCCCCCUCAAAUCUCAUUGUCAACGAAGCUCUCUCCCGCUUCUGCUCGGAAGCCCUGCAUCAACCCUCUCCAAAAUCUCGCUGGAAAGAAGAUGUCGAGGCAGUUAGGGAACUACUGGGCAGGUACAUCAACACAGACCCAUCGACAAUCGCCUUUGUCAGGGACACCACCGAGGGCCUGGGAAGCUUCAUCCGCGGUCUCAAGUUCCAACCAGGCGACAACGUCGUGAUUCUCGACUGUGAACAUCCGAACCAAGCGUUCGCCUGGCUGACACUGCGUUCGGCUGGGCUGGAGGUCAGACUCGUCCCCACAGACCCGGAGAACCCAGUUGCAGCGGACGCGAAGACCUUUGCGCCGUACGUUGAUGAAAGGACCAGGGCGAUCGGGCUGAGCUCCAUCAUGUUCCACACAGGACAACGCAACGAUGUCGCGGAUGUCUGCGGGGCGUUCCGGCACCGGGGAAUUCACGUUCUCGCGGACCUUACGCAACAAGUUGGGUUUGCUGCUGUCGAUGUGGAAGAAUUGGGUGUCUCGGCGGCGGCGUUCAGCCUGCACAAGGGCCUCAACUCGCCAACUGGCUUCGCGGCGCUGUACGUCGACACACAAGUCAUCCACGAGAUGGAUCCAGUGCCACCCAUUGUAGGCUACGGAGGCGUGAGCAGUGUUGGCGACUCGGAGGACUUUGCGGUCCCGGAAGGCCCCGUCGUCUUCCACCCUACCGCGAAGCGAUACGAGCACGCCAACAUGAGCUUCAUCUCAGCCGUGGCCGCAAGGGCAUUUCUCCAGUUUUAUCUGGAAGUGAUGGGCCCCAGAAAUCUCGAGCAGCGUCUGUAUAGUCUUGGAGACGCGCUGCGUCAAUCCUGCGCUGAAAUGGGAGUUGGCGUCGUUGGGCCAAGCGAGAGGAAACACCACGCACCACAUCUUCAUGUUCUUCGUUUGCAGGACCCGAGGUGGCCUGAACGCUUGGAGGCAGCAGGUAUUGUAGCGACAAAGUUUAGGAUCGGCAUCAGAGUCUCCUUUGGCUUCUAUAGCAAUCUGGAAGAUGUCGAGAGAUUGAUGGCGGUGAUUCGGGUAGGGCUUGAAAGCGGCAUUCCACCGUAUCGUAAACGCGUCCCGGCCUCUCACGAGUACGUCGCGAGCCUCGAGUCCCGCAUCUCAUGGCUCGAGACGUUUGUUCAAUCUCUCCGUGUCGCCACGCCAGAGCAGCGGGAGGAGAUGCUCAACUCCACGGCAGCUGCAGAGGGAAAGCGCCAUUCUCUUCCUAGUAGUUCUAACAAAGCUCAAGAAGAGAUCCGGACGGAUGAAGGAGCACCACUGGCACCAGGCAACUACAUAUCCCACCUCGGCAUCCACGCCCGCUCAAGCGCAAACCUCGAGCUAGGCCUCGAAGGCUCCCUCAUCUACCAUGGCGCAACCUCCAUCUUCCGCGUCGACCUCCCUUCCGCCUCCUCCAAAGACCCAAGGGAUCCUGACAACACUACCGCCGCUCUCCUCCGAGGAGGCGGCAUCGAAGCAAACUUCGAAUCUGUAAUGCAACACUUUGGCAUCGACGGCCCAUCCUCUCCCGCCGUUCUGCAGUCCCUAACCCAGUUCUUCCGCUGGCAAUAUCCGCACUUCAUGUUCAUCUACCGCGAGGCCUUUCUCCGUGACCAUUUCAGCAAUGACGGCGGUGAGGGUGAUGCCAACAAUGGUAGGAAUAAUAGAAAAUACUGGUCCCCCGCGCUGCUCCUAUCUAUAUGCGCCCUCGGCGCGCUGGUCAGCUUAGAUACAAAAGCCUCGAGUGAGCGAUUUUUCCUCGCGGCGGAGAGCAUCAUCAUGGUGACCGGGCUCACGAGGCCGAGCGUCGCUACCGUCCAGGCGUUCCUAUGUCUUGCGCUUUACGAGAUUGGGAGGGGUAAUUUGUCCAAGGGUUGGGGGUACUCUGGAAUCGCCUUCCGCAUGGCCCAAGAUCUCGGCCUCCAACGAGACCCCAAAGGUUGGGUCCAACACGACUCAUCCCUCGCAACACACGAAGACGUCGAGAUACGGAGGAGAAUCUACUGGGGCUGCUACAUCUCCGACAAGCUCAUCAGUCUGAUCCUCGGCCGGCCCGUGUACUUAGUCUACGAUGACGCCGAGGUCCAGCCCAUGGAAACACUGCCGUUUGUGACGCCCUCUCCUUCACCCUCGUCUCCGCCUCCCGUCCUCGUACAAAAGAUAGAAUCCGCGCAAGCGAGCUCCAUGAUCCCAUACCUCUACGAACAGAUCCGCUUAUCGCGAAUCAUCGAGAGAAUGAUGUCGACGCUCUUCUCUCCGCGCUCCAACCUAGACGACCUCGGUCGACGAGUCUGCUUCGAUAAUUUAAACCUAGACCUCAACCGGUGGCGCGAAUCGCUGCCCGAUUUUGCAAAAUGGCAAAAAUGGGGUGGAUCGUCAUCGAAGACAAUACCAGGAGUAUUGGCGUUGCAUGUUCGCAUCGCCUUGAACUAUGAUCAGGCCAUUGCAUCCCGGGGAAGCGACGCGGACGAAAAGCCGCAGUCUUAUUGCGUCACAUCCGCGCAGCACAUCAUCUCCCUGGUACGCACCUAUCGAAGUCAGUAUGGGCUUCAACAUGCACCACUCGUGUUUGUAUACGGCGCUGUCCAAGCGAGCCGCUCAGCCAAGGCAUUUAACAUCACAGAGGAGAGCCAGUAUCUGACCCAGAUGCUGGGAGAACUAUCAUCGGCUUGGAGCCUGUCAAGAGAAGUCAUGGCCAAAGUAUUGGACUGCUAA